AUGGCUGCACUCAAGCUGCACUAUUUCGACCUGCCUGGCCGUGCUGAGAUUACCCGCAUUUGCCUCGCCCUCGGCAAGGUUCCCCACGAGGCGAGGAUGAACCUGCUCCGCCUGCCUGCCUACGUACCCUGCCUGCUGGCUGAUUGCGGUGCAUUGUCUGAUUUGCAACGGGGACAGGUUACAAGCCAGACGCAUAUGACGGUUUUCUUUUUCGCAAUCAAUCGCACGCAGGAGGUCAUUUAUGAAUAUUGGACUGAGUGGCCCAGGGAAAAGGCCAAAAUGCCCUUCGGCCAGGUUCCGGUCCUUGAGCUAGAGGAUGGGAAGAUGCUGGCUCAGAGCCGGGCAAUCGAGUGCUACGUCGCCAAGCUAGCCGGGCUCUACCCCGAUGACCCGCUGAAGGCGGCACUGGCGGACCAGGCAGUGUUCCUUUCUGACAUCUGGGAGUCUUUCGCUCCCACCGUCAGGCUGCCUCUGGAGAGUAAGAUCAAGGCGCAGGAGGUGGUCGUAAACACCAAGAUAAGGGAGAAGUUGCAGCACCUGACCAAGCUCCUGUUGGAAAAACCUGGCGAGUACGUGGCCGGUGAUACGCUGUCAUACGGUGACGCGGCCAUCUACGGGAACCUGUGCAACCUUGUUAGUGGCUUUCUGCCCGGUGUUCCCAAGGACUUGCUGGACGAGUACCCCGUGCUGAAGGCCUUCCGUAACAAGAUUGCCUCCAUUCCGGCUAUUAAGGAGCACUACGAGAAGCAUGGAGAGGGUUACCGAGCUGCAUUCAAGCCGGAUGUUGCGUAA